AUGCAGUACUUUGCUCAAGCAUUCUUACAGCGUGAUGGUCAGGUCAUUAUUCGCAUGCGUGGUUUACCAUUCGAUGCAACAGCUCGAGAUGUGAUCGAAUUUUUCACACGUGAAAAUACACCAACGCAUGUUGUUGACGGUGAAGAAGGCGUACUAUUUGUUCACUAUCCUGAUGGACGAAGCACAGGUGAUGCUUUUGUCAUGGUCAAAACAGAAGAUGAAGCAACUGAAGCGUUGCAUAAACACAAAGAAAUUAUGGGCACGCGAUAUAUUGAACUUUUCCGUAGUACAACAGCGGAAGUACAACAAGUAUUUCGCCGAAGUCAAGAUCCGAAAAAUUUUCAAACAUCAUUGAAAGACAUUCCGUUUGCACCGUUACCAAUCUUACCACCGGAAAUGUUAACAGGUGGGAAUAAAAAAGAUUGUAUUCGUGUUCGAAAUCUACCUGUCGAAUGUGGUAUUGAACAAAUUCUUGAGUUUCUCGGCGUUCAUUCACAACAUAUAGUAGCCCAAGGUGUUCACAUGGUUUACAAUGCACAUGGUCAACCAUCGGGCGAAGCGUUUAUUCAAAUGGAUUCGGAAGCAGCUUCAUUCAAUGCUGCUACACAUAAAAACAACAAAUAUAUGUUUUUUAAUGGUAAAAAGAAGUACAUCGAAAUCCUUCAAUGUUCAGGCGAGGAUAUGAAUCAUAUUCUACUUGGUCUUGUUCCGUCAAACCUAAUCCCACACAAUGUACAACGUCAACCAAUGUAUUCUCCUCAUCGAGCUGCACCACUUGUACCAAUCUCAACAAUUCCACCACAAAUGCUGCCACCAAACAUGCCAAUCUCCAUUGCUGCUCCUCCGCCUUCUCAAACAGCGACUGUAUCUAAUGGAUCUCUUGCACCUCCACAACCAACAACAGCAUCUGCUUCAACAGUGACGGCACCAAUGACAACAGCUACCAUGAAUGGACUUCAUCCAAAUGCCACUUACUAUCCUAUGCAAGUCUUUUACUACCCAACACCACCCAUAUCUCCAUCGAUCUACUUACAAACUGGACACAUGCAUCCUGGAUCUGUUACACUUGUGCUACGAGGAGACAAUGGUCAAUACUGA